CCCUGAAAUUCUUUUUCUCAGAGUCACCACGCCCCAAAUCCAAAUCCAGCGGACGAUGAAAAUCAAGCCGGACCACAGCAGGGAGAGGGGGUGCCCCGGCGCAGCCGUAAGCAGAAAUUAACUCAGCAAGUAUUAUGGAAAACUCUCCAUCCACUGGACACAAAAGUGGGGCAGUUGAACCUUCCAAGAAAGUGAAGGUGUUCAAGCCAUCCCGAGCUCUCCUUAAGGGGGUUCCUCCUGAAAUAGAAAAUGACCCAAAGCUUAUGAAAGCCCUUCAAGAGCUCCCCGAAAAUUAUAAUUUUGAAAUCCCUAAAACCAUUUGGAAAAUUAAGCAGCUGCAGGCCAAAAUUGUUGCCUUACAACUGCCAGAGGGCCUUCAAAUAUUUGCAGAAACAAUAUCUAACAUUUUGCAGUCAUACUGUGACGUUGUGUGCAUCAACAUGGCAGAUGUGACGUAUGGUGCUUGCUGCGUAGAUGAUAUUAGCGCUGCACGUAUCAAUGCUGAUCUUUUAGUUCACUAUGGACAUUCAUGUUUAGUUCCUAUUGACAAAACUGUUAUUCCUAUCAUGUACGUCUUUGUUGAUAUUCAGUUUGAUUCUGCACACUUCAUGAAGAUGAUCAGAGCGACGUUCGAUAUUAAAACUCCGUUAGCACUAGUUUCCAUUGUACAGUUUGUAGGGUCGCUUCAGAAGUUAGCCAUUGCGUUACGUGAUGAAGGCUACGACGUUUUAGUGCCUCAGAGUCGCCCUCUCUCUCCUGGCGAGGUGCUAGGCUGCACAUCACCGCCCCUGCCGUCUCACCCUCACUACACAAUCGUUGCACUCGGCGAUGGAAGGUUUCACUUGGAGUCCAUCAUGAUAUCAAAUCCCGAACUGGAUACUUAUUUAUACAAUCCGUACAACAAAGUACUGUCCAGAGAAUACUACGACCAGCCUCUCAUGAAGCACAACCGGCGCAAGGCAAUCGACGCAGCCUCUGACGCGCACGUCUGGGGCAUCAUCUUCUCCACGCUGGGCAGGCAGGGCAACGAUGGCGUCAGGAAGCAUAUCCAGAGUCAACUCAUCGCAGCCGGCAAGAAGGUAAUAUCCGUUGACCACGACCAAGUGUACCCUGACCUCUUCAAUGCGAUGGGUCGACACGUCGAGGCCUGGGUGCAGGUCGCGUGUCCACGACUGUCCAUAGACUGGGGGCACCACUUCAACCAGCCGCUCCUCACCCCAUACGAGGCGAUGGUGGCCCUGAAGCUGGCGCAAUGGAGCGCCACGCAUUACCCCAUGGAUUACUACGCGAACCAAAGCCUGGGUGCGUGGACGCCUAAUCACGUGCCGCCUUGUGCGUGUGGACGCGACCGAGCAAGCGGCUGCAAGGGGCGUCGGUGUCAGACCACCAGUAAACUGUCCUAGCCUCAAUGCUCUUUACUAACCUCACUGCACUGGCUAUUCAUAACACGUAGUAUACAAACUCGAGAUCCCGUCUGCAUCUCGGGGGAUUGAAUCUCCGUCAUGAAUCUUUAUCAAAAGGAUUUCGUGUGGUACCGGUAUUUACUCUGCUUGAGUAGUAGUUCUGGGGGUUUGAUUCUGUUCAUUGGUGCGCUUUAAUUUACCAUAACAUCAGGUUCUUGGUCUCGCCUCAUUUUCAUCCUGAGAGCUUCAAGAUAAUUACUUGGUUUACAGCCCUCAAGAGUAAUUACUAGACUAGACAUGGUAACAGCGUCAAUAAAGUCGUCAUGCUGUUAAGGGAGGUGAAUCAAAAGCACGAGUCGUAAAUAGAAUGUAUAUUGGUAUGGGUUUGUGAAACGUCUUCUAGAGAUACCAUCCGACAUAAUAAACUUUCCUUCCUUUCAAGGAAUAAAAUUGCGUUUCAAAAUGUUUAACAAAUAAUUUUGUUUUAGAAACAAAAUAAUUGCUUGUUUUAAUAAUAUUGCACCGAACAUUUGCGCUAGUCGCUUCUGCCGCCAGGUAGCCUUGCAAGUGUUCAGUGGUGCAGGCUGGCUCACGGAAUCACGUGGCAUGCCAAGUUGUCUACAGUUCGCAAUUAAAACGUGUAUAAAAUUAAAUUCUCGGCUGUCUGGCGUGAAAUUUCUGAUCUCGCGCUCACAUGUACACAGCAGUCCAUACAAUAGUUUAUACUAGUAAGUUACUCCACUCUAGAACUAAUGACUAUUGUUAGAAUUGGCUCGGCUCUUGUACGUUCUCAAGACCUAGACCUUCUGUUCUCCUUGUGGCUUGUAAGUAUUUUGCAAUUAGUUUCUGUAUGUGUAAGACAUUUACAUAUGAAU